AUGAGCGGUGCCGUUCUUGUUGCCCUCGCUGCUGCUAUCGGUAAUUUGCUGCAAGGAUGGGAUAAUGCCACCAUUGCAGGAUCUAUUUUGUACAUAAAGAGGGAGUUUAAUUUAGAAAGUGAACCUACAAUAGAAGGUCUAAUUGUGGCUAUGUCUCUUAUUGGAGCCACUGUGGUUACCACCUGUUACGGACCCCUGUCAGACUUUCUAGGCCGACGACCUAUGUUGAUCAUCUCCUCGCUCCUUUAUUUUCUUAGUUCUCUCGUCAUGCUAUGGUCUCCAAAUGUUUAUAUUCUCCUCUUUGCAAGGCUUUUAGAUGGGCUGGGCAUUGGUUUGGCAGUUACCUUGGUACCUCUUUACAUAUCCGAGACAGCUCCACCUGAGAUUAGGGGAUUACUAAAUACUCUUCCGCAGUUCACUGGCUCUGCUGGAAUGUUCUUUUCCUACUGUAUGGUGUUUGCUAUGUCCCUCACCAACUCCCCAAGCUGGAGACUCAUGCUUGGUGUUCUUUCAAUUCCCUCUCUCAUUUAUUUUGCACUCACACUAUUCUUCUUGCCUGAAUCACCAAGAUGGCUUGUCAGUAAAGGCCGGAUGCUGGAGGCCAAGAAGGUUUUGCAGCGACUUAGCGGCAGAGAAGAUGUCACUGGUGAGAUGGCUUUACUGGUCGAGGGUCUUGGAGUUGGAGGUGAUACCAAGAUAGAACAGUACAUAAUUGGUGCAGCAAAUGAAUUCAGUGAUGCAGAGGAUACUUCAGCCACAAAGGAGAAGAUCAAAUUGUAUGGGACAGCAGAAGGUCUGUCCUGGAUUGCCAAACCUGUCAUUGGACAAAGCUCCAUUGGCCUUGUAUCUCGACAGGGAAGCAUGGCAAAUCAAAGUGGUCUAGUGGACCCUCUAGUUAAGCUCUUUGGUAGUGUCCACGAGAAGGUCACAGAAACAGGAAGCAUGCGCGGGAGCACACUUUUUCCACACUUCGGAAGCAUGUUUAGUGUAGGGGGAAAUCAACCUAGAAAUGAAGAUUGGGAUGAAGAAAGCAUUGCUAGAGAGGGUGAUGAUUAUGUCUCUGAUGCUGCUGCCGAUGAUUCUGAUGACAAUUUGCAGAGUCCAUUGAUCUCACGUCAAGCAACAAGUGUGGAUAAGGACAUGCCUGCUCCCGUCCAGGGUAGCAUGAGGCAAGGUAGUCUUGUGCGAGGAGAACCUGCUGGAAACACAGGGAUUGGUGGUGGAUGGCAGCUAGCAUGGAAAUGGUCUGAAACAGAUGGAGUUUUCAAGAGAAUAUAUUUACACGAAGAAGGCGUUCCUGGAUCAAGACGUGGGUCUAUCAUUUCCCUUCCAGGUGGUGAUGCACCAAGACUAACAAAUGGUGAGAUUGUUCAGGCUUCCGCUCUAGUGAGUCAGUCUGCCCUUUAUAACAAGGAGCUUUUGCAUCAGCGGCCAGUUGGACCAGCUAUGAUCCAUCCAUCCGAAACAGCUGUAAAGAGGCCAAGUUGGAGUGAUCUUUUUGAGCCUGGAGUGAAGCAUGCACUGAUUGUGGGUGUGGGAAUUCAAAUUCUUCAGCAGUUCUCUGGUAUAAAUGGGGUGCUCUACUAUACACCUCAAAUUCUUGAGCAGGCAGGUGUUGGGUAUCUUCUUUCAAACGUGGGCCUUGGUUCUACUUCUGCAUCUUUUCUUAUUAGCUGUGUGACAACCUUGUUAAUGUUACCAUGUAUAGCUGUAGCCAUGAGGCUCAUGGAUAUAUCUGGCAGAAGGACCUUGCUGCUGACUACAAUCCCCGUCUUGAUAGUAUCUCUUCUGAUAUUAGUAGUAGGCAGUCUUGUAGAUUUCGACAGUACUGUGAAUGCUUUUAUCUCAACUUCGAGUGUUGUUGUCUGCUUCUGUUGCUUCGUCAUGGGUUUUGGGCCAAUUCCUAAUAUCCUAUGUUCAGAGAUCUUCCCUACUCGAGUUCGAGGUCUAUGCAUAGCUAUAUGUGCUCUUACAUUUUGGAUAUGUGACAUCAUUGUCACGUACACGCUCCCAGUUAUGCUUAAUUCCCUGGGCCUUGGUGGUGUUUUUGGUAUGUAUGCGGUCGUAUGCAUCAUAGCUUGGGUGUUUGUCUUCUUAAAAGUUCCAGAAACCAAAGGCAUGCCACUGGAAGUGAUCAUUGAGUUCUUCUCUGUCGGGGCAAAGCAGGUUGAAGCUGUCAAUAGUACCUAA